CUCGAUUUCUCACCACACUGGCUGGAGCCUGAGCUUUGGCAGGUCUAGAUAGACCCUCCCCACCCAAUAUAUAUAUAUAUAGAAAGUACAGUAGGUUGCGGUAAUACUCCUAAGGAGUAAGCGGCCAGUAAAACCAAAAGACGAAGAAUAUGAGGUCAUCCACAUGCGACAAAUAUACUGCGCAUGAAGGACCCAGCACGUGAAGUUGCACGAACUACGCUGUGCAAAAGAAAUUAGUUCUGAAUAAGUUUGAGACGUUGUUCGUCAGACUUACGGAUCUAUUGUAAACAUUUGUGUUUAGCAAUGUCAUGUUUUAGCGGUGAACUCAACUUUUGUCCCGAGUGUGGGAAUAUUCUCCCAUUGCCUGGUAUCCGGGAUACUAUCACCUGCCCCCGCUGCUCUUUCAAUGUCUCUGUUCGAGAAUUCACUGGUCAAGUUAUCAAGUCAUCGGUGGUGUUUAAUCCUUUGAAUCAGAGUUCCAGCACUGUUGAGACUGAAGUGGAUGCAGAAUUAAAGGGACCAGUGAUUGACAGAAAAUGUUCCCGCUGUAAUAAAGAAGGAAUGGUUUAUCACACAAGACAGAUGAGAUCUGCUGAUGAAGGGCAGACAGUCUUCUUCACCUGUAUACACUGCAGGUACCAAGAAAAAGAAGAUUCAUGAGAAAGUUCUUCACCUGCCCUGUUGUAAUUUAUAGUUAUUGAUCAUCAGUGUGUAGAAUCGCAGUAUUGUAAAUUGUGUCAUGGAUCAAUUAGGUGUUGUGUAUGUUAUUUAUGAUUUUGUAUUUGAUGUGCAUGUAGUUUUAUUAACAGCAAAAAUGAGUGUGUGUCUUUUGUUAAUUUGUCUCUAUUUUAGAGGGAAAAUAAUAAUUACUACUAUAAGCUACUACUUCUGUAGUGUGCAAAUUCUUCAGUUUAUAAAAACUACAUGUGCACUGUUUCAACAAACAUGAGUAAAUAUGAGAUUUUGAAACCUA